AUGGCCCUCCAAAUUUCACCCGCAAUUCUGCGACGAGCAGCUCAAGAGGAGAACAACUAUGAACCUAUGUCUAUUGCAGUGGUGAUUAGUUGCUUUACCUGUCUUUCACGCCAACCUGGCUACGAAGUGUUGUAG